AUGAAACCAGGAAAUCACACACUGAGUGCUUCUGAAUUCUUCCUCCUGGGCCUGUCUGAGCAGCAGGAACAGCAGCCUCUCCUCUUCAGCAUUUUCCUGAGCAUGUACCUGCUCACUGUGCUGGGAAACACUGUCAUCAUAUCAGCCAUUGUCUCUGAUCUGCACCUCCACACCCCCAUGUACUUUUUCCUGGCCAACUUCUCCCUCACUGACCUGUGUUUAGCAUCUACCACAGUCCCUAGAAUGCUAGUGAACAUUCAGACCCAUAGGAAUACCAUCACCUUCGCUGGAUGCCUGUCUCAGAUCUACUUCUUCCUAUGGUUCAUUGGUCUAGAUGUGUUCCUCCUGGUGGUGAUGGCAUACGACCGGCUUGUGGCUAUCUGCCACCCCCUUCACUACACCUUGGUCAUGACUCCCAGACACUGUACUUUGCUGUUGGUCAUGUCCCUAAUCCUCACUCAGUCAUACUCUCUGACCCACACCAGUCUCCUGGCUCAGUUAUCCUUCUGCACUGACAACAUCAUUCCCCACUUCUUUUGCGAACUUCUCCCUCUGUUGAAGCUCUCUUGUUCCAAUACUUAUGCCAACCAGUGUGUGCUGAUAUACUGGGGAGGGGCAUUGACCAUCUUGAUCCCCUUGCUAAUUAUCAUCUCUUAUGUCCGCAUCGUGGCUGCUAUUGUAAGAGUCCCAUCAGCUAGUGGAAAGUGGAAGGCCUUCUCCACCUGUGGCUCCCACCUCUCAGCAGUUUGCUUGUUCUAUGUGUCUGCUAUUGGGGUGUACUUCAUUCCCUCCUCUGCUGAAUCUGCCAGCAAGGACAGGAUUGCAGCAGUGAUGUAUGCUGUGGUGACUCCCAUGCUGAACCCGUUCAUCUAUAGUCUGAGAAACAAAGAUAUGAAAAGUGCCUUGGGGAGACUUCUGAGCAGAAGGGCACUGCGAUCUCCAUGA